AGGAAUGCAAGCAAACAAUUUCUAACGUGCUCAAAAUUAAGCUCAGUAUGUAAAAGCUUGUUAGCGGAAGAAACGGUUUGGAUGUAGAUGAUGGCUAACUUAAAUCUAGAUAACGGUUUAGGAGAGCUAGACACGGAGCUGGACAGCUUCCUGGCGGAGAUAGACGAUAUAGAACAGAGCAAACUUGAGGAGCUGCCUGAGGAGCCCAACUGUAUCAUUUGGAGAGAGUGUCUGGAUGAGACGACCAAACAUCCUUACUACUGGCACACCGAGACUCAGGAAGUUACUUGGGUAAAACCAGAGUCUUACGAAAGCGACUUGAUAGCACAGGAAACCGCUCUUAAACAGUGGAGGAAGAAAUGCGGCGAGAUCAAAAAGAUUAACGAGACACGGACCAAAGCUGCCGAAGAAAGGAAGAAGCUAGCUGAAUCUCAGCCUAAACCCACACUGCCGCGUAUCACCCCUCGGGUUGAACUUGAAAACGAUCCCGAAAGGAUAACGUCAGAUAAUCCAUCAGGCAGCUUUGGUAAAAUAGGAAAAUUCAAAUUCAUGAAAAGUGAAGCCGAACAAAAAGUCUCAUCAGCGACAAAGUCAUCAGCACGCCUUACCUUCACCGUGAAGAAAGCCUCGUCCCCUGCUCCUGAAGAAUCUGCUCCCCCUCGGGAAAUUAGUCCACCAAAGCACAUUCCAGCACCGCCCAAAGUAACAGUUCCUACCCACACUCCAUCCGGGAGACAGAGAACUGUGACUGAGAUAGCAGCGGAGAUAAAGAGGAAGAAACAACAAAUUGCUCUGACAAAUGCCAGGAUACACCUGCAGAAAAGAGUUGAGGAGCAGAAGUUGAGCAAGAAAGUUUUGGAACCAGCAGAAAAGAAGGAGGAGGUGAAAGAGAUCAGGAGCAGGAACAGUGAGGAGAAGAAGAACGGUGAUAAGAAGAACGGCGACAAGAAGAACGGCGACAAGAAGAACAGCGAGAAGAAGAACAACGAGAAACCAGGUUCUCCGAAACAAGAAAGCAAAAAACGCAGGAUCUUCCAAGAAGUGAAGUCGAAAUCCCCGUUAAAAGAGAUCGACAAGGACUCCCGGAGAGCACUUGAAAAGGAGGCAGCAUUAUUGAAAGAGAAGCUAGAGUUUUGGGGAGGGGAUCUAAAGAAACUGAGCAAGUUUCAAAUUCAGAUAAUCCAGGUUGAGACCAGGAUCAGUGACUUUAUUGAAGGUCACCUCAGUGCGUCCUACGUCCAGUGCAAGAUUAAUGAACUGGGACAGAUGUUGCGAUCUCACGAGGAGAACUCCGUUACCAAAGACUGGACCUGUACUUUUGAUAGGGAGGAGAAAACGUAUCGUUAUUCCAACAAGAUGACGGGGAAAUCUCAACUUACGCAUCCUGGAGAAGAUGACGGUUCGAGCGACAGCGAAUCCGAGCGUGAGAAUGACGAUGAUGAUCUGUACGAAAUGUUCCAACAAGAAAUCAGUGAGAUUGAGACGUCAACCAAAGACAAGACGCCGGAGGUUGCUUCUUCCUCUUCAACCCCCUCACCUCCACCCACAGAACCAGUUGCGGAACCUCCUCCCUCUCCUCCUCCUCCCACUCCACCUCUGCCACCCUCUGUACCACCAAUUCCGAGCGAUGUGCCGCCACCUGCCCCACCGCCACCUGCUCCACUUCAGGGUUACUACCAGGAUAUGUGGGGUAAUGUGGUUAUGGAGCCAUGGAACGGGAUGAGCCAUUUCCCUGGAAUGCCGACAGCCCCACCGCCCCCUCCUCCCGACGACGGUAUGAUGGAGACCUAUUCCCCGGGUAACAGUGACUCUGAGGAUGAGGAAGAAAAGAAGAAAAAACAGGAAGAUCUAGGUGUUGUGAGUGUUAAAGCGCCCAUGAGGUAUAGCACGCCUCCUCUUGCCCCCGGAACCCCCACAAAAGCUCCCUCCUCUCCUGCUGCCCCCUCGGAGGAAACGCCCCCGACUGAGAACAAGGACGGGACACAAGUUGAAGGAAGCAAACAAAGUGAGAAAAAAGAAGAGAAAAGUGCAGCAACGAAGGAAGUUUUGAAGAAGAAGAAAAAGCCAGACGGACUGAUAAUGGGGUCUGGAAGCAAGAAACACAAGGGCAUGAACAAUCUGGUUGCUAAGUGGAAUAAGGUGAACAAGCACGCAGACACCGCUCUAAAGUGAUGGAGUUGCUGGACCCUCGCGCAGCUUGAGACGCUAGUUGCGCAACAGACUAAACAGACCUGUAGCCAAGACGAAGACUUGAUUGCUGAAGACGAUCAAGGAAUGUGUUUCAUCGGCUGAAGAUAGUUCAGGAACAAAACUGAUUUGACACCCUGCCCUUCGAUUACCAUCUUUCCUAUCUCCCGUCAGAAUUUGAUCACAAUGUUUCUAUUCGAAGACUUGAAAGUAAAGAUGUUCACUCCAGAACUAACAAGAA